AUGUGAUAAUGAACAGAUGAGUGCAUUCAGCUGUGUGUGAGGACAGAAAUGUUUAAAAGAGGAAGUAAAGCAUGGAGUGUGUGUGUUUGUGAGGUGUAGAGAGAGAGGGUGAACAGGAAGGCUGUGGCAAGAGACAAGCUGAUGAUGGCUUCUCAGAUGAUCUCCAUCCUCUUUAUCACACUUCCUGUUGUCCUUUGCUCCCCUCCUUCACUUAGUGGCCUGGAAGCUGAAGGCAUGAAUCGAUCAUCCAUCCGGUUCUUGGUGGUUGGAGACUGGGGUGGUUUGCCCAAUGCACCCUUCGUCACACCUAUUGAGUGGGCGACGGCACGGGAAAUGGGCCGAACUGCUGAGCAGCUUGGAGCUGACUUUGUUUUAGCCCUUGGAGAUAACUUUUAUUAUAGAGGAGUGAAGAGUGUGGACGAUCCCAGGUUUCAGGAGACAUUUGAGAAUGUCUACACUGCUAAAUCUCUAAAUAUUCCAUGGUAUGUUGUUGCUGGCAACCACGACCAUGCAGGAAACGUUCGUGCCCAGAUCCAGUACAGCAAAAUGUCCCAACGAUGGAAUUUCCCAUAUUAUUACUAUGAACUCAACUUCGACAUCCCGCACACCGCUGCCACUCUGCAGGUGCUAAUGUUGGACACGGUGCUUCUUUGUGGAAACACGGAUGACUUCCAGGAUGGAAAGCCAAGUGGACCAGUGAGCAGUGUGUUGGCCAACCGCCAGCUGCUGUGGCUGCAGGAACGCAUGCACCACUCCACAGCUGACUUCCUGCUUGUGGCAGGUCAUUAUCCCGUCUGGUCAGUGUCCAAACAUGGGCCCACUGACUGCCUGCUGAGAAGGCUUCGCCCCCUAUUGGUGAAGUACAAAGCCACAGCCUACCUGUGUGGACAUGAUCAUAACCUGCAGUACUUCAAGGAGUCCAGUGUUGGUUAUGUUGUGAGCGGUGCAGGAAACUUCAUUGAUCCAGACAUGCGGCACCGAAACUCUGUUCCUCGAGACUCUCUGAAGUUCUUCACAGGAAAAUCGUCUACACUUGGUGGCUUUGCUCACAUGGAGGUUACUGAUAAAAAACUGACUGUAACCUUCAUCCAAGCAAGAGGAACCUCACUGUAUCGCACUGUGCUGCCUAAACGCAAUUUGUAAUUCAAAUGUUUUAAAAGAAUUUUAGUGCAUGCUUGUAAUUGACUCCAAUGUAAUAAUUUUAAAUGUUUUAGAGCUUUAAAGGCUUUCUAGUGUGUAGGUUUUGUGUUGAAAAUUAAAUGUUUUAAAUGCAAUUAAAUGAGCUUUUGAAUUUAAAAGCAAAGUGAUGUGGGGUUGCUUAUUCCUGCCCCCCCCCCCCCCCCCCCCAAAACAUAAUCCCCAGGGCCAGAUUUGACCUGUAGUGACUGGCUGUGCAGUCAAAAUGUCUGGGUAGGUGUCUUUUGCAACCAUGCUUAGGAAUGAAUUGUAUCCAAAGGAGCAGGCUUUUUGCUGUAAGUUUUAAAUU